UUACGAAGGUAUGGUCUCACGAGAGAGGGAAGAGAGAGAAAGGUGGGCAAAGAACUCUAAACAAAAUUCAACCUUAAAAAUUCGGUCAAACCCAAAAGUAACGGUCAUGUGUAGGAAGGUAGUUGAUGAAGUCUCUCUCUUUCUCUCUCUUAUUGAACAAAGAAACCCCAUAUUUGAGCGCGAAAUGUGGGUUCAAUAUCACAAAAUACAGUUUCUAAACUUCAGGGGAGAGAAGCAACUUCCUCGCUUUGCCAACACUCCUCCAUCAGGAGAGAGAAUGAACCAAGAUUCAAGAAAAUAAGCAGAGAGAGAAAAAAGAGAAUCGAACAACAACGGUAACAAAAAAUGGCACAAGCACAACCCCAGAGAGAGUUUCAAGAAACACCUGAAAUGGAGAUGAAGAACAGCAUUAAUGAGAGCGCCACUAGUAGUUUCAAAUUCAAUGCCCAGGCACCAGAAUUCGUGCCCAGAUCACAGGCCCAAGCGCCCGUUUCCGGCUAUUUCUAUCCCUGCUUCCACUUUCUCGGUGGGAGUGGUGGGUCUGAUUGGAUUUAUGUUGGGGAUCAAGAACCAAUCCAGUUGAUUUCCGGAGCCAGUGCCACGUCGCCCGAGUAUUCGAAGAAUGUCCUCACUGACGAUACUCAGCAUAAGAUCAUCAAACAGGUCGAAUACCAGUUCAGUGACAUGAGCUUGCUUGCAAAUGAGUCCUUGUCAAAACACAUUAGUAAGGACCAUGAUGGCUAUGUUCCAAUAUCUUUUAUUGCAUCUACAAAGAAAAUCAAGUCAUUAGUUACUAAUAGCCAAAUGCUUUCCCAAGCUCUCCGUUCCUCUUCAAAGCUUGUUGUAAGUGAUGAUGGCAAAAAGGUUAGGCGUAAACACCCUUUUUCUGAGAAAGACAAAGAGGAAUUGCAGUCACGCACUGUUGUGGCAGAGAAUUUACCUGAAGAUCAUUCUCAUCAAAACCUUGAGAAAAUAUUUAGUGUUGUUGGAAGAGUGAAAACCAUCCGAAUAUGCCAUCCCCAAGAAUCUAACUCUUCCCGUUCCAAAAGCGAUUUUGUCAUCAGUAACAAGCUCCAUGCACUGGUGGAGUACGAGAAUAGCGAGAUAGCUGAGGAUGCAGUUGAGAAGUUAAAUGAUGAAAGGAACUGGAGGAAAGGCCUCCGUGUAAGGUUGCUCCUUAGGCGCUCGCCAAAGUCUGUUUUAAAGAGCAGGAAGUUCGAUUUUGAUGGGAUUUUCGAUGAUGAUGAUGCACCACUACAUGAUUCAACAGAAGAGUCCUCCCAGUCUCGUAAUGUGGAAUUGGUAGUUCAGAGUAUUGGUGAAGAAAAUCCAGUCGGAUUGAAGAAAGGAUGGGGUCGUGGCCGUGGGAAGUCUAAACCACGCACUCAGAUUCACAAUGGUCGCGGCCUGCUUGCCCCAUCUCCACAAUCGAGCAGCUCCAUUCAGUUUGAAGCUUUUUCCAAACAGACUACAAAGGGGCCGAGAAUGCCAGAUGGAACAAGGGGUUUCACCAUGGGACGAGGGAAGCCGAUGCCCCCUGUGCUAGCAACUUCACCUUAAAGGGUGAUGAGUGGACAAGUGGUGCUCUAUUUUGUUUCCAACCAUUAGUUGCAGAAUAUAGCUUUACAUUAAGCAAGAAUUAGUUCUUUAGCCAAUAAUUGUAUGGUGGUUAGCACAUCUAUUGGCGAUCUAGCAAUCUUAUCAAUAAUUCGGGAUAUAUAUGUAAAUCAGUGCUAGUGACAGUGGUGAUUACUGUUUGAUCACAACUUCUUAUAUCUCAGUAUGUGGCUCUGAGAUGGAUUCAGUUUAUAGUAGUUGUUGUGCAAUUUUAUUUGAUUGUCUCAAUAAUGGAUUGUUGUAUAAGCUCUCUCUCUCUGCUCUGCUCAAUUUAAGUCU